AUGGCUCUUCGGAGCACGACAGGAGCGACGGCGGCGCGCAAGCGCCGCUGCUGCCGCCUCCGUCAACGCCGUUCCCGUACACCAGCACCGGCGACAACGGCACCAACUCGUUCAACGAAACGCGUCGCGGAGGGAUUGCACCGCGUGGGGAAGGGGAAGGCGGUGCAGGCGGAAGUGGAUAGGUGCUCCUGCGGCUCCUCAGUGAAUGGGAGGGUGGACGAAGAGGCGGAAGGGGGGAAGGGAGAGUUGGGCGGUGAUGCGGAGGAAGGCGCGGAGGAUGGCGCGGAAGAGGGUGCGGCGGAGGAUGGCGCGGAGGAUGGCGCGGAGGAUGUCGCAGAGGAUGUCGCAGAGGAUGUCGCGGAGGAUGUCGCAGAGGAUGUCGCGGAGGAUGUCGCAGAGGAUGUCUCGGAGGAUGUCGCAGAGGUUGUCGCAGAGGAUAACGCAGAGGGUGGCACGGAGGAACGGUUAGACGAUGCUGUGGCUGUGGUUGUGAGCGAAGCGGACGAAGGGAAAGGAGAAGAAGUAAGGGACGGAGGGGAAGAAGCAGGUGCCAUGGGUGAUGGGAAGGAGAGACGGCUUGGCGAGGAAAAAGAGCACAGAGAAGGGAAGGCGGCAGCAGAAGAGGUUGAAGUGAGCAUAAGAGAGGAGAUGGACGAGGGGACGACAGAGAUGCGGAACGAGCGGGAGUUGCGGGAGGAGCGUGAGGAGCGGGAGGAGUGGGAGGUGCGGAGGGAGUGGAAGGAGUGGAAGGAGCGGAAAGAACGGAAGCAGCGGAAGGAGCGGGAGCAAGGGAAAGAAGGGAGGGAGCGGGAGGAGCGGGAGGUGCAGGAGGAAGACGUAUGGAUCGAGGAUCCGGCGCAUUCCAUCUCUAUAUCCGUGACGAUGGACGCCACGUGGCUCACGGAAUGCGCCGUGUGCCUGUGCGAGUACGAGGAGGGCGACGUGCUCAGGUCCCUCGAUUCCUGCCACCACAUCUUCCACCAGACGUGCAUAGACGAGUGGCUGCACUCCUGCGGGUCCUGCCCUCUCUGCCGCUUCUCCUUCACCUCUGACCGCCCGCCGCCGCUCCUCGCCUCCACCUCAGCCGGCGCCAUCUCUCGCACUGAAACCAUGAGCGGCCCGAUAACCACCGCAAGGGAGUCUUUCAGCGGGCCGAUCAGCAGCAGCAUGAGCGGGCCAAUCAGUGCCGGCACGUUCAGCGGGCCUAUGAGCCGUUCAAUCAGCGACUCCCUGAGCGGCCCUUUGAGUGCAUCUGGAGCGCCUGUGUCCGGACGUGCAGCCCGGCAAGCGAGUACGGGGCUGGCGGUUGGCGUAGGGGGGCCGGCGGGCGGUGGUGGUGGUGGUGGUGCUCUUUCUGUGGGCGAGCACUCGGAGGAAUCGCAGAGCACAGCUGCCUCGUCGUCAUAUGGGUCCACGGCAACCCUAUCUUCCUCCUAUGCGUCCAAUGGCUCCUGGGCCUCUACUGCUACCUCCUCCUCCGCCUCCGGUUCUUCCUCUGCUGCAUGGUUCAUGCCCUCUCUUGACCAUUCUUCUCAUGCGGCUGGCACUGGUUCGCAAGCAGGGAUUCCCUCUGCAUGGCUAGGCCCGCGCGAGGAGGCAUCAGGAUCGGUGUCAGCAUCGGCAACAGCAAGUGCGGCAGCGCUGGUAUCAAGUGGGGGCGAUGCAGGAGCAGUGGUGCUGGAAGCAGUUGCAGAGGAUGGAGAGGAGGUGUCGUCAUCGGCUUAUCAGUCGGAGCCUCUUCCGUAUACCGCGGUUGUGCACUCACAGGGGCAUGACGGAAUGCGGAGAUCUGCAGAUGGCGUGUUGGGAUCAACAGCUGCUGGAACGGCAGUAGCAGGAGGAGGAGGAGCAGGGGGAGCAGGAGAAGCAGUGGGAGCAGGAGGGGCAGGAGGAGCAGCGAGAGAGGGAGAGGAGGAGCACACGCACCAUGGGCACCACCGAUGGGAGCACAUGCGUGAAAGCCUGAAAGAGGGCAUGAAGUGGUUUUUGAUGAGUGACAGGGAGAGGGAGGGAUGGGACGAUGAUGACACAGACUACUAUUACUCAUGGUGA